GGCUGCAGUCAGACACUCAGAGGGAUUUGGCUCUCCUUUUGAAUCCUGCACAUCUUCAGUUCUCCGCCCAGAGUUGACAACAGCCUUACCAUGUCUUACACAAGAAAAGCAAUGUCCGUCCAGAGUUCUGGCAGCACCAGGAGGACCUUUGGAGGGCCAAGCAGCUACUCUGUAAAAAGAACCACCAUCAGUGGUGUUGGCUCUGGUCCUGCUUCUGGUGGUUUUAGCUAUGGAAUGUCUUCAAUGGGUGGUGGGUCCAGCUUCAGUGGUGGCUUCUCUUCUGGAAGCCAAGGCUACAUCGCUCCACCGAUCACAGCUGUCCAAGUCAACCAGAGCCUGCUGGCCCCUCUGAACCUGGAAAUUGACCCCACCAUCCAGGCCGUCCGCACCCAGGAGAAGGAUCAGAUCAAGACCCUCAACAACCGCUUCGCCUCUUUCAUUGACAAGGUUCGUUUCCUGGAGCAGCAGAACAAGAUGCUGGAGACCAAAUGGAGCCUCCUGCAGGACCAGACCACCACCCGCUCCAACAUCGAUGGCAUGUUCGAGGCCUACAUUGCCAACCUGCGCAGACAGCUCGAUGGGCUGGGCAAUGAGAAGGUCAAGCUGGAGGGAGAGCUGAGGAACAUGCAGGGCAUGGUUGAGGACUUCAAGAGGAAGUACGAGGAUGAAAUCAACAAACGUGCAGCUGCAGAGAAUGAGUUUGUGCUCCUGAAGAAGGAUGUCGAUGCUGCCUACAUGAACAAGGUGGAGCUGGAAGCCAGAGUUGAUGCUCUUCAGGAUGAGAUCAACUUCCUCAGGGCCGUCUAUGAGGCUGAGCUUCGUGAGCUGCAGGGCCAGAUCAAGGACACCUCCGUCAUUGUGGAGAUGGACAACAGCCGUAACCUGGACAUGGACUCUAUUGUGGCUGAAGUGCGCGCUCAGUAUGAGGACAUUGCCAACCGCAGCAAGGCUGAGGCAGAGACCUGGUACAAACAGAAGUAUGAGGAGAUGCAGUCCUCUGCUGGACAGUAUGGUGAUGACCUGCGCACAACCAAGGCUGAGAUUGCUGAGCUGAACCGCAUGAUCGCCCGUCUUCAGAAUGAGAUUGAGGCUGUCAAGUCACAGAGGGCCAGCCUUGAGGCUCAGAUCGCAGAGGCUGAGGAGCGUGGUGAGCUGGCAGUGAAGGAUGCCAAGCUCCGCAUCAAGGAUCUGGAGGAUGCUCUGCAGAGAGCCAAGCAGGACAUGGCCCGCCAGGUGCGCGAAUACCAGGAGCUGAUGAAUGUCAAGCUGGCCCUGGACAUCGAAAUUGCCACAUACAGGAAACUGCUGGAAGGAGAGGAGACCAGACUCGCCAGCGGAGGCUCCAAUGCAACCAUCCAUGUGCAGCAGAGCAGCGGAGGUGGAUUGCAGUCCAGCGCUGGAUUUGGCUAUGGUGGAAGCAGCGGCUACAGUAGCGGCAGCUACAGUAGCGGCGGCUAUGGUGGUGGUUAUGGCGGCGGUUCUACUAUCACCAAGUCCUCAGUCCAGUCAGUCAGGAGAGCCUAUUAAAAAGGAGAGCCAUCCCUCUUUCCCUUCAGAAACUCUUGAAUUAGAUCUAAAUUUGUAUCCCUGCAUGGUGCCACACAAUACUGGUAUUCACGUUCAACAAGAGAGCUGAAUGUCCCUAAAAUCUGAGAGUUUCUGAAGGUCAUAUUUUUGUUUUUUUCUUUGCAAUAACAUCAAAGACAAAAGGUGAAGAUAGUGUUAAAAGUGAGCAUGGAAAACAUUUAACAAAAUGUACUCUGUACUGUCAGCUUGGAUACUUUUUGUACUGUAGUGCACUGUUUGUACAUUUGAGUGCUAAGAAGAGCCAAUCACUGACCAAAUCUGAUCACUGGAAAAAUACAAAAAAGUUAUGUUUGUAUGAUUUAACAUGUUUAUAGUUUACAUUUACACUGGCUGGCUCUUUUUAGUGCUCUGACAAAUGUUUUCCUGUUUGGUUUUGCCUUUCCUUGCCUUCACUAUAAAACAAUGUUGAAACCAGAUUUAUUUUGUAGAAACAUUCUUAGCAACAUAGCUGAUGAAUGUUCUAGCAAGUAACAUCAAACACAUCUGAAUAAAAUGAAUCUGAGAACUAA